AGUCGCGGUCGGGUCUCGGUAGGAAAUCCCCAAAUCUGGUGAUCCCCAGCCUCCUUCUGCUCAGCCAUGGCGGAGGAGACCGCGGCUGCUCCGCUGCGCCUCCUGUCCGUAGCUACCACCGCCCUCCUCCGCCGCGACCACCGGCGCCAUGUAUCUUCCUCGUCGCCCCUCUGCUCGUUCGGAGCUUCUGGUCGCCGACGGCAGUCGUCCUCCACGCGCGGCGCCUAGCUAGGCCGACCGCGAGCACACAGUUCAAGCGCCUCACAGAUGCGCCGCGGACUCCACCGGAGAGCCGGGGCGUCGUUGCCCGCAGACAGCUCCGCCAUGCCCGCCGCUCUGCCAUCAGGCGGUCUCAUACUCUUCAGUGCAGGUGUUCGCUUCCUUCAGAGUUGGGAGCUAUUGUGUUGCAGGAUCAAGCUCACAACAAUGGCUGGAGGGGUGUUGGGCUUAUGGAAUGACUGGGCGUCCCGGAUCUCGGUUCUCUUGAGCCUCUUCUUCCAGCUCUUACUCCAUAUAUUUGCUAACAUCCGUCGGCGUAAAGACGGCUCAUCUUGGCUGAGGGUCCCCCUCUGGGUGGCGUACCAGCUGUCUGACUCCACUGCGACAUACGCUGCCGGCCAGCUCCUCUUCAGCGGCGCAACAAAAGACCACCACCUCAUUGCCUUCUGGGUGCCGUUCCUCCUGUUGCACCUCGGCGGCCCGGAUAACAUCACCGCCUACGCCCUCGAGGAUAGCAAGCUCUGGGGGCGCCACUUGCUAAGCCUUGUGGUGCAGGUCCUGGCAGCUGCAAUUGUCCUAUCCAGGCAUAUCGUCGGCGGCGGGACCUUGCUCAUGGUGGCUGCCAUCUUGAUAUUCGUUGUCGGCACUGCAAAGUAUCUGGAGAGGACACGUGCUCUCUGGUCCGCCAAGUUCAGCAUCCUCCAGAGCUCUCUCAAGGUACGGGCACAUGACAUGCAUCACCAGCAAUUUUACACUGAGUAUCAAGACUGGUACAAUGAUGGCGAACUAGUCCUGCAGCAUGCUCACUGCCUGUUUCAUAUCUGCAAGCGUGGGAUAGUUGAUUGCGUGAUCGCGGUGGAUGACUCAGGUAGCCAGAAUGAGGGGGAUUAUCUGGAGAACACAAUAAUCCAGGGCCUCUUGGAAGACCGUGAACACAUGUGGAGGGUGAUGGAGGUGGAGCUCUCCCUCAUGUACGAUAUCCUGUACACCAAGGCAGGCGUGAUCCACUCUUGGUUUGGCUACUGCAUCCGUGUCAUCACGCCACCCGCUGUCGCCACCUCCCUCGUGUUGUUCCAGUUGAGCAGCAAAGAUGAUUACAGCCUAGUCGAUGUUGCCAUCACAUACAUCUUGUUGGGUGGCGCCUUGGUCCUGGAGACAAAGUCGCUCCUUGGUGCACUAGGCUCAAGCUGGGCGCUUACCUUCUUGUGUGCCACGCAAUGGGAUUGGCUCCGGCAUUCUGCUGUGUGCGCUGGAGGAUGGCGUCAGCUUCGGCGCGCAAUUUUUUCUCUCCGCCAGUCCUGGCCUGUCAAGGUGAUGAUGACAGGAAGCUCGCGGAGGUGGUCAGGCACCAUGGGGCAGCACAACAUGUUGUGGUCUCGUGCAAGACAGGUGGAUCCGAUGAGUCAACGCCUCGGCAAUCUGUGCAAAAUGCUGGGCCUCGGCAAGUGGUGGGACAAGAGGUACAUGUGGACCAUCGAUGUCUCUGAGAAGGUCAAGAAGCUUGCAUUGAAUGUCACAGGAAAUGAUAUGAACACAAUGGGCUUGCGCAGGACUAGAUGGGGUGAACGGGCACUGAAUGAGGACCGCUAUCCUGGGCUGUUGAAGGAUUUGGAGGAUUAUCAUGGAGUUGACUUCCAUGAGAGUGUCAUCAGCUGGCACAUCGCCACCGACUUGAUCCUUGCUAAAAUAGACCAAAGGGGCGAUCAUGUGUCUGACGACCAUGUGGAGCUAGUCAGCGUACUGUCCAACUACAUGAUGUUCCUCCUUGUGGACUCUCCCGACAUGCUACCAGGCCUUCCCCAAAACUGGUUGUACGAGCAAACCUGUACACAACUGGAUGAGAUAUGCACUAAACACAUCGCAGGCUCACCUGGUAACAGCUUCUGCACCAUGCUCAAGAACUUGUUCCGACCUCACCAUCACCGUGGCUGGAAACCUUCAGAGCUUGAGAAGGAGAUCGCCAUCGACAUACCGAGCAAGCUGAAACGCUCCAACUUCAUCAAUCCUCGGCUCACUUAUGCGGGUAUCAUUGCUAAGACACUACUUGAUAGGAAGGAAGAUGUGGUUUAUGCGCUGCUAUUGUUGUGGUUGAACUUCCUGGCCUAUGCAGCCAACCGGUGCAACAGGGAAGUGCAUGCAAGGAAGCUCGGCAGCGGCGUGAAAAUGCAUUUCAGCCAAUGCAGUAAACUUGGAAGCAGAUUUUUUGUAGAACAAUGCAGAGAGUACGGCUGCCUCCUGCUGUCCUGAAUCACCGGGCUGCCCGUCAUUGCUCUGCCAAACUCCGCCUGGAAUCUAGACUGGCCUUGAAAUGUGGCACUUGCCAAUGGCUCCUAGCAACAUCAGGUAUUUGCACUGGCAUCUAGAGCUUUCUUUAGCAGGGCAUCACUUAUGACUGUAGUGUGCUCUGUUCUUAUACGUCAGAAUUUUCAUGCACAUGUUUUUUUACUUGUCAAUUGCAUCACCAAAAAUGUUCUAAGCAGCAUGACUGGAAUCAAGAAUGCUAGAACCGUUGACACGAGGAUCCAUGGAUGCCUGAUGUUUGAAGAUCAUAUGAGCUAGGUGAACAGUAAAAUUCGGAAAAAUGAUAACAAAUUCAAAACAUUCUGAAAUGUUUUUGUGGCAAACUUUGACAAAUGUUCUCAAUGCUUGCAAACUUUCAUCAUAGAAUGACAUUCGUGGAAGUCGUGGCAAAAAAUAAUGCUCCAAAAAAUGUUAUUUUCAAAAGCAUUUUGGAGGGCUGAUUUUUUUUUUUGCCAUGACUUCCACAAAUGUCAUUCCAAGAUGAAAAUUUGCAAGUUAGUUUGCUACAAAAAAAAUCAGAAAAUUUUCAAUUGUUUUUAAAAUUUUCGGAUCUUACUGUUCACCAAAGCUCAUAUGAGCUCGAGUUGAGGACACUUUCGUCAGUGCACAGGCUGUAUGAGUAGCCUGUACAAAUUCAGCCUCACGUGUACAGCCAGGAUGGUGAAUUGGUGAUGGAUGCUGUGAAGCUUCUGAGUUGCAAACUUGCAGUAGAAUUAACAGAACCACUCGGAGGGGUCAACUCGGCUCGGUAUGUCAUGGCCAUGACCAAGGUUGUCAAGAGGUGCAACAGCUUGCGCGUCUUCUCCACCAGAUCAUGAUCGUCGAGUUUGCUGCCGCGGUAUAGUGGGAUGAAGAUAGCAUGCACGACCAUGUGGACAAGUAUGGCACCCAGCAAGGCUAUGACAUAGUCGAAGAUAAAGGCACAAGGCACUUGUUUUCUAACGUGCCAGUAGCAAUAUUUCUGUGAGUUCUCAGGCAACUGAACCUUUUCUGCAAUCCCAGUGGCUAUUUUUUUUUUGCGAGAAAACUUUGAAUCUAUUCAUCUUCUAUCAUAGCAGUACAACGAACACUAGAAAU